CAACAUCACGGACGGAGAUAUAAGCUUGCAACAAACCCUAUGUAAACCGGUCUUAUUUUACUUCAUUUAUUUUGAUGUAUAUAUCCUUCUUUACAUCCAAUGCGAAAUAUUUAAUAAAUUAAAGUGCACAAUGACAAGAUAGAUUUAGACAACGAAAGCUGUAAAUUUGGAUCUUAGUCAUUGGAUAUUUAUUACCCGCUAGGGGCAUUCCGAAAAGCAACAAGAACAAGUUCCUUAACUUCCUAUGCUGCUCUUAUUCAUAUUAAUGCAUAAAAGGAAUCACAAGCUUUGGCAUAAUGUUCAAGAAACUUAAAGACAAAAUUUCUGAAGAGGUUGGGCAGUCGUCCAUUCGCCUUCCUAUUCAGCAACUCUCGUCACAGCUCGCUUCCUAUGUGUCUGAGGGCUCUCGCAUUGGGCGGAGUGACCUUAGUCUUGCCAGCUCGGCGGCUGCCCCCAAGCCCCGUGCUGCAGAGUCAAUUGCUGAUGUUUCUGUGACCAGUGAGGUUCUUGACAGCAGUAGGAUCAGCAUUGAUGGAGAUGGGUGUGAGUCGCGCGCCGGCGGCGGCGCCCGGCCCCGACACCAGGCCAAGACUGUGGGAGCCUGUCUGCGGCACCCGGACGGCCACGUUCACUGCCAGCACGCGGACCUGGACGCGUUCAGUGAGAUCAGCUCCAUGGCCAGUCUGGGCACCGUCUCCAAGGAGCAGCUGCUGCACAGCUACCAACGUAUCCGGGCCAAGUACAACCAGCAGAGGACGCGGCAGGCUGAGCUGGCCCGCUCGUGCCACCAGCUGGAGACGGACUGCAGACAGGCGCAGGUGUCUCUAAAACAGAGUGAGUCUAGAGAGGAAAAGCUGAAAGCCGAGCUCAAACAACGAGAUGAGCGCAUUACCCAGCUCAGUUCCAGCGAUAAGGCCGCAGACGCGACUGGAGAUGGCGACACGGAGUCCUCGCCAGCUGCCGCCGCUGUCAACGGUACCACCGCCUCUCCUGGGCCCAAAUCCGCCGAGGAUGGCCCGACAGACGACAAGGUCACGGCAGAGCAGUCGGCAGAGGUCACCGCGGAGCUGGACCGGCUCAAAGACAAGGUGUCCCAGCAGGAGGCGCUGCUGCUCAAGUGUAAGGAGAGUAUCCGGCAGCACAAGGCGCGUCUGUCGGCCGCCACGGCUGAGAGGGAUCAGCUGAGGGAUUCCAGUGAGCAGCGGCAGGCGGAGCUCGCCACCCUGCAGGAGAGCGCAAAGGCGGAGUCUGCUCGUUUGGAGGAGACGGUUUCUGAACUGCGAGAGUCACUGCUGCAAAAGGAUGCCCAGGUUCAGCAGUUGCAGCAAGAGUUUGAAGACUCGCAAAAGCAAGUUUCUGCUGAGCGAAACUCUGCGGCGGCGAGCAAGAGUGAACAGGAGCAGCAGACAAAACAGCUGCAGCAGAAGUUUGAUGAUGAAAUGGAGAACCUCAAAAAGGAGCUCACUCAAUGCCAGCUGGACCUGGAGGCGAGUCGGUCCCCUGUCGAGGAGCAGAGUGUCCAGCUGAGCUCCCGUCAAUCGGAGGCCGGGGAGAGGGACCGGGAGAUGACCGAGAGAGCUGCCGUACUCUCCCAGAAGGAGCAGGGGCUGCAGGAGCAGGAGCGACUCCUGCAGGAACGGCUGGAGGGCGUCUCCAGGGAGGAGGACAGGAUACGACAGGAGCAGGAGACUGUGGAUCAGGAGAAGACGCGGCUGACGGAGCUGGACGCUACGCUAACCCAGAAGGAGGAAAUUGCGAGACAGAGAGAGACGGAACUGAAGGAGCUGGAGACUAGCUUGGGAGAGAAGAGGAAGAGGCUGGAGGAGCAGCUUAGUCGGCUCCAGGAGGAGGGGGUGGCACUGGAUGGUGAGAAGAAACAGGUGGAGGAUAGAGAGACUGCGGUCAAAGAGCAGGAGGCUGGAUUAUUAGACAAACAGACAUUGUUAGAGAAGGUAGAAAAUGGGCUCAAAGAAAAGGAGAUGUCGCUCAACGAUCUGGAGACUCGCCUACACCAACAGGAAGUGUUGGCCCAAGUGCGAGACUCCGACUAUCGUCAGAAGGAGGAAUCCCUGCAGGAGAGAGAAUCCUCGCUGUGCCAACGGGAGGAGGCGGCGAGAGAGCAGGAGUCGGUCUGCCAGCGCAGAGAGGAGGCGGCGCAGGAGCGUGAGACUCGCCUGGAGCAGAGCGCGCGCACUGUUCAGGAGCAGGAGAGUCGGCUGGUGAGGAGGACGGAGGAGCUGGAGCAGCGGGAGCGGGACCUGGAGGUGGCCAGAGCCAGCAUGCAGCGCACAGACGAGGAGGUGCAGCAGAAACAGGGAGACAACGAAGCACUGAGAGGCAUUGUCUCCCGUCUGGAGGGAGACUUGGCUGCGGCGAGGCAGGAGGUGAGACAGAGGCAGGGAGACACUGACGAGCUGCGAGCCACUGUCUCCCGUUUGGAGGCUGAACUGAAGACGGCUCAGCAGCGAGCCGAGAAGGCGGCCGCGGAGGUCAAGGAGACCGCCACCCGGCUCAGCGAGGAGCAUAGUCGGCAGCUGGCCGCUGUUAGCGACGAGCAGGCCCGCUCGGUGGAUGCCCGUCUGACGGAGCUGUCCAGCCAGCACCAGCACCGGCUGCAGGAGCUGAAUUCCCAGCACCAGACGGAGCUACAGGAGCUGAACUCUCAGCACCAGGCAAAGCUGGAAGAGCAGAAUUCUCAGCACCAAGCUGAAAUACAGGAGCUGGGUUCGCAACACCAAGCUGAACUGGAGAAGCAGAACUCACAGCACCAGACUGAGAUGCAGGACCUCCAACAGCAGCUUCAGACGGAGCGCUCAGAGGCCGAGACCGGUCGAACCGAGCUGCAGCGGCUGGACGGGAAGGUGACGGAGCUGGAGACUGAGCUGGAGUCCGAGCGGAGUCGGUCAGAGACCAGCCGUGGGCGGGGAGACCAACUGUCCAUCCGCGCGGAACAGCUGGAGGCCCAGCUGCUGACGGAGCGGGGAGAGGCUGAGAAGGCUAGGGAAGAGCGGGACGAACUGGUGCAGAGAGUGGGUCAACUGGAAACGGAACUGGAAACUGAGCGGGUAGAGCGUCAGAGCAGUCGGAGGGAGUGUGACGAUCUGACCCAGAAGGUGCAGCAGUUGGAGACUGAACUACAGGCGGAAAGAGGAGAGAAACAGGAGAGUAGAGAGAAGCAGGAGGAGCUGCUGAAACGGACGGAGGAGAUAGAGGCGCAGUUACAGGCUGAGAAAACGCAGAGUGAAACUAGUAGAGAGGAGUGGCAGCAACGUGCCAAACAGCUGGAGGAAGCUCUGCAAACUGAACGGGAUCAGAGUCAGGCCGAACGCGAGAAACAGACGGAGCUUGCAAGACAGAAGGAACAGCUUGAAGCUGAGUUGAUAACGGAGCGAAGCUUAAGUCAAUCGAGCAGUGAUGAGCUAGCUCGUCGCGCGAAGGAGUUGGAAGCUGAACUGCGCACUGAGCGAGCUCAGAACGAAACAGCUCGAGAGAAGGAGGAGGAGUUGAGAAGGCGAGCUGAGGAACUAGAGGCCAGGCUGAACGCCGAGCAAGCUGAGAACCAAGUCGGCCGGGAACAGCAGGAGGAGCUGACAAGGAGAGCCGAAGAGCUAGAAGCAAAACUUCAGAGUGAGCAAUCUGAGAAUGAAUCCAGCCGAGAAAAGCUUGCCGAAUUAGCAAGGCGAGCGGAAGAGCUAGAGGCCAAACUCAAGAUCGAACAAACUGGUAAAGAUUCUAGCCAAGAAAAGCAAGAGGAACUAGCUAGGCGAGCUGAGGACCUAGAGGCCAAACUGAAGAUAGAACAGGCUUCGAACGAAUCUGGCCGUGUGGAGCACGAAGAGCUGCUGCGUCGAACUCAACAGCUAGAAUCCCAGCUCCAGACUGAACAAACCCAGAAUCAGACCAGUCUCGCCGAGCGCGACGAACUGUCCCGUCGUGUUGAGUCUCUCCAGUCUGAGCUUGACUCUACUCAGAGCAGCUCAGCUGCCGAGCGGGAGAACCUCUCCCGUCGCGUGGAGUCCCUGGAGUCCGAACUAGCGGCCGCCCAGGCUCGGCAGGACGCGGACCGCACCGAUCGGGAGGAGUCGCUUCUGCGCUCAGAGGACCUGGCUGCUGCCGUGUCAGCAGUCGAGGCCAGUCUGCGGGACGCCGAGCCGGGCGGUCCGGAGACGGAGACGGCGGGAGAGCCGGCGGAGCGGGCCGGUCCCCUGCUGCGCCGCUGCGCCGGCCGCCUGACCAGCCUCACGGCCGCACUGAAAACGGAGCGGGCCCGCCGCCGGCGCCUGGAGGCCAGGGCGGCCGCCGCCUCAGCGACAACGAGCGAGCCGGUGGCGGCGUCGGCGGCCGAGGGGCGGCUUCCCACCGAGCCGGCCGGGCCGCCGGCGGUUCUGGAGACUCAGAUGGAGACCGUGCAGAUGCUCGGUCUGCAGGGAGCGCAGAUUCGGAACGGAUUGGACUCCUCCUCUGCGGGCUCCGUGGGGAGCCCGGCGCCGCCGGCGGACGGACAGGCGGCCGUGGAGGCGGCGACGGCGUCCCUGCAGCGUGAGCUGCUCUCCUACCGACAGCAGAUGAAGGAGACCAACGAAAAACACCAACGGGAGCUGGCGGAGCUGCGCCGGUUGCUGGAGCUGCGGCACGCCUCGCCGCCGUCGGGCGCCGCCGCAGCCGACCUGACCUCGGGACUGGAUGCCCUCACAGAGAUAGAGUACCUGAGGAAUAUACUGUACCAGUAUAUGAUGGGCCGAGAGCCACUGACGCUCGCCAAGGUGAUCACGGCGGUACUCAAGUUCAGCUCGGAGCAGACGGCCAAAGUGCUGGAGAAGGAGGAGCAGCGGCAGUCGGCGCUGCUACCGCCGGCGGUCAACUCCACAAUGGACUCGGUCGGUUCCACGCUCUCCGCGCUGUCCCCAUUCAAAUGGAGCUAACCUCAGCCGAGACCUGGCGUGUCUUGGCGUCCAUAACAACAAACGGCCUCGGAUCAUGGCGGUGGGUGCUCUCCGUGAUCAAAGUUUUACCAUGACUGUGUGAUGUGUGGAGAAUCGGGAUGGUAUGGAGGUCGGGGACCUAUUUAUAAGCCAUCAGUGCAUACCAGUGAUUUAGAGGAUCGUGUGUGCCUGCUAUCGAACGGAUAAUGAUGUUGGGACGGUCGCUGGUGUCAGAUGGAUGUCUGUGUUGUGUUCCGGCUCGGUUUUACCGGCCGUCGUGUGGUCUCAAUAUGUGUGGUCCGUAUACACCCAGUAGCCACGGGAAGCUGCAGAGAUAACACCAGGACCGAUUGAAGGGAGCCUUAUGGUCGCGGCUAACUAAUAUGAUGCUUAUUUUACCCGGUGAUCGUACACAGUGAUUGUGUGGCAGUGUUAUGAAAUGCUAAUUGGAACAUAUUUAUAAGCUACAUAUGCAUAUUAAAAUAUAUCAGCCUUUUAAAAACGAU